AUGCCGCAGUUAAGGUCAGGGAAAGUGGUAACUGCUAGCGACGUGAAGUGGGCUGACAGCAUGGUCACCGGCCCAAGCUCUCUGGGUGCGAGGGUAGGACGUGAGCCAGGGAAAAAGUUGGUAGUCAAGCAGAGUCCUCCCCUGGCACCAAAGAGAAAGCCUGAGCAGACCUUAUCUUCCUGUCUGCAACCUGCCAUGCUCUCCAGCCUUUCCUGUGAGCAAUUUGCUCCUCUUGUGCCCAUGCAGAAGGAGCAAGAGGAGGAAAUUGAGAGCACAGAGAGACGUGGCAUUUCUUCUUUGCCAGAACCAGAGGUGCUGCAACCCAGAAAGGGCACAUGUAGCACUGAAAUGAAAAGCACUGACUCCAUAACGAUACUAAAGGUGCAAAUCCCGGAUCUUAAGAAGAAUUUGGGGACUCGGGAAUCGUCGUCUGAACCAAAACCUCAGGAAGAGGUAGAUAUGCCAGAGAAGUUGGAUGGGUGUUCUUUAGUUGGAUCAAGAAAGCCAGGGACACAGGAGAAAAGAAAGAGAUGCUUGAGCAAGAAAGGCGGGACAUCUUUCAUGAAACCAAAACUACAAGGUCCCAGAGAGAGGGGUACAUCUGCCAUGCUAGAACUGCAUACGCAGUGCCCAAAGUCCAGGAAAGGAGCUGUUAGUCUGAGGAAGAGGGACAGAAACGCACUGGUGUCACAGCGGCUACAGGGUCUAAGCGGCCAAGGACAACCAACAGCCAGAGGAAAGAUGCACAAGCAUUGCGUGAAAGAAGAGCAGCAGAGCUCAAACCUUCAGAAAGGAGCAGACAGCCUGGGGGAAAGUGCAAAGGAAAAAUGGAAAGCACUUGAGCAUGACUCCAGUACACAGGCUGUGAAGAAGCUUAAGACAAAUCAAAAGAGAUCAGAAGAUUCCAAGGAAAAGGAACCUCACUACUCUGAAUCUCCUACUUUAGGUGGGACUCAGAGCAAGAGCUUUCUAUGCCAUCCUGUAACAAAAAAGUCUGGUGUGCAGUAUAAAAAAAGGAAACCCAGAAUUGAUCAAAUCAAGUGCUUGCAAAGUUUUAGUGUGACUGUAGCUGAAAACGUGAGAAAUGUAUCUGCAAAAUGUGAUGCUGAACAUUGCAGAAAUGCCCUGAGCCGUUGUAAUGGCUUGCUCUGUGCAACAGAAAAGAAUCCAUUUGUGAGAUUAGAGGCCUGUAGUUACAUCAAUACAUUCGUGAAGUCUUCAGCUAGUGGAACUACCAGCAGUUAUAAAUUAAGUGGAUUCUUCCAUGUAGCCCAGGAUAAAAGGAAGCAUGUUUUUCCUGGUGGUACUGUUGAACAGAGUGAUAUGAAUUGCAGCACUAGUAGAAUGCAAAAUGAGAGAUCACCCAUAAAAGGUGGUUUAUUGUUUAAUAACGAAAAAACUCAAAACAAAGAAGGAUUUUUUUCAUGCUGUCAGAGUGAAAACAAUAAGUGUUUAAAGGGAAAAAGGUGCAAUAUUGGUAGAAAGCCUAGAAAAAAGAUGAAAAUCACUGAGAAAUCAGCAGUGCAGAAUAUUUCCACAGACAUGGCUAAUGAAUGCAGUGAGUCUGAGUUACAAAAAGAAGCAGCAGUUGCCAUGUCAAGCUCCUUUGCAGUUUUAGGACGAAAGCAUAACGAAAUUACUCUGUCAGCUUCAUGUGAUCAUACCUCAAAUCUUCAUGUAGGAAAAAAUACUCAUGAAGCACAAAACACAUCAGUCUGGAGAAAGAACAGUACCAAAUUACUUUCAUUUGAAGAUGGCUUUGAGAAGACAUUGAGGCUCUCUGUAACUGGAAAAGGAGAAAAUUCAAACAGUGUGGCACAUCAUUCUGCUGCCUUGGGUAGCCUGAGAGUGCUAGCUCAGGUCCAUGAUGAUUCCAAUUGUCACAAAAGCAAGACACAUGAAAAAUUGAAGAAAGUUAGUAAGAAAUUGCAGCAGUUUACCUGUCAAAGAACAGUACCUAUGACUGGUAAAAAUGUUUGGCCUUUUGAAUCUUGUGCCAGGACUUCUGAGUGGGUUCAUAAAAAUCAUGGGUCCAUCUCAGAAGGAAAAAGACUUUUGAGGGCUGCCUUCGAGGAAUCCUCUGAUAAAAGCAGUGUUGAAGCUGUAGGAAACAGUGCUGUGACUGGGAAUUUGAGACGGUUGGGUUUGCAUACAUCAUUGGCAGAAAUUAACAAAGAAUCUACACAUAAAAUAAUGGAUCCAAAUACUGAAUGUCUGACUUCACUUGAAACACCAGAAUCCUCUCCCAUGGAUAUUUAUGAGACUUCGAGAAUGAGCAAUGAAAAUAUGGAAUCACCAGUUAAUAUGGAUAGAAGUGCUGUGGCUUUUAGCCAUGAUGAUGUGCAAGAAGUCAAACCAAUGAAAGUAUCAAACGCUGGAAACCUGACAAAAUUCAAAAUUCCUUUAUGCAGAAACAAACCUGAAUCCAGGAAACUGGAAUCUGUCCAUUCAUUUGAAAGAAAGACCUGUAGUCCACUAGAGCUUCUUGGCAGCACUAGUGUUUCAAGAAGGCAGAAAACAGGUGGAGAGAAUUUUUUGGUAAAUUCCAAGCAGCAGCCUCUUCCUGUCAUGAGUGAUGCUAUGUCUACAGCUUCCGUAAAGAAAAAAGCAGAUGAGAUCAACUGUAAGGACUUUCAGCGUAAUGGCUCUGAAAACCUUUCAAAUGAGGUGUCUGCACUCCCUGAACAUUUUUCUUUAUAUCCACAUCCUUUUCUUGAUGGACAGCUAGAGUCAUCUGUGCCUGAUUUCCAUGGUACUGAACAUGUACUAAAAUCUGAUUUUCCUGAUCAUUCUUGGAAUGCAGUUGACCACCCUAUUGCAUUAGAAAUAAAUGAUGAUAGCAAAUCAAGAGGGAAUCUUUCACAACACAAAAGUCAAAAUGUUCCAGAUGUUCUUGAAGCUUACAAAGAAGAUGCUCUUGUCAUUGAUGUGAUUCAGGAUGACCCUGACCUUUUUGGAACCAAUAAUGAAGAGGAGCUUGCACUUGCAGACUGUGAAAGUUGUCCUGUGAAGGCAUCCUAUACUAACAUCUGCAUUAAAGACAGAAAGCAGGAUCUUAAGCCUGAGUAUCCUGUUAUCUCAGAAAAGAGAGAUUCAGUAGGUGAUAAUUUUAGACACAUUACCAUACAAGAAUCAGGAACGUCAAAUGAUACUGAAAAUUCCUGUGAUUGGGUGCUAAAAGCUAAAGAUAUUAAAACCUACAACUCCUCCAGAGGAAGCAGUCCUUUGGGAGGUGUUACCAAGGCCUUUCUUGAAGAUGGGCAACUGAGAGAACUAGAUAAGCUUUUAAAGAGUUUUGACGUGGAUGAAAAGUUCAGGUUUGCAGAUGGAGUGCCUGAUGUUAAACAAGAAAAAAAGGGUGACGCUGCAAAAAGACUCAACAGUGACUGUAAAUGCAAAGAUCUUGUGAGCUGUGAAUUGCUAUCAGGAUUGCCAUUGCAUCCCCCGAAAGUAAAUGUCCUCAGUGAAGCUACAGUGAUGAAACCCCAGAAAAAUGGUAUCGCUUCUCAUUCAGUCCAGCGGAUCCUCGAGAUGAUUGAAUUGCCCCGUAAAUAUUGCAGAUUUUAUUUCAUGACUUUGCGUGGGUGUGAAAGAGCAAAAUGUUGGUUUUGGCAUGUUCCUGAGCAAGGGGAUGAAAAG